CCUGGUGACAACAGUUCUCGGGGACCUGCCACAUCCUCGCCUGUCUACCCUUUCCUACGACGCGACACAUCGUCCCCCACACGGAAUCCGUGAUGGACUCUCAGGGUGAAAACGAUGAGCUCUACCCCAUCGCCGUCCUCAUUGAUGAGUUGAAGCAUGAUGAUGUGCUCCUUCGUCUCAAUGCGAUCCACCGCCUGUCCACCAUUGCACUAGCUCUGGGCCCGGAGAGAACGAGAGAAGAAUUGAUCCCGUUCCUUGAUGACUCUGUCGAGGAUGAGGAUGAAGUUCUGACCGCACUGAGCGAGGAGUUGGGAAACUUCGUUGAAUAUGUUGGCGGACCAGAAUAUGCACAUGUCUUGCUCUCGCCCCUGGAAAACCUUGCGGCAAUUGAGGAACCACUGGUCCGAGAGAAGGCCGUUGAGUCCCUUAACAAGAUUUGCGAUCAGCUCUCCCAGAAGCAAGUCGAGGAGCAUUUCGUGCCCAUGACCCUUCGCCUCUCCAAAGCAGACUGGUUUACCUCGAAGAUCUCCGCCGCGGGUCUCUAUAGUGUGCCAUACCGUAAAGUAUCCCCGGCUUUGCAGCAGACCCUUCGACAGCAGUUUGGUGGUCUCGUACACGAUGACACCCCCAUGGUGCGGAGACAGUCUGCAACUCACCUUGCCAAAUUUAUCAAGGAGAUGGACAGCCAAGUCAUCAUUGACGAAAUGAUCCCUCUAUUCCAGUACCUGGCAAGUGAUGAUCAGGAUAGCGUCCGUCUGCUUACUGUCGACAUUCUCAUUUCUAUCGCCGAGGAGAUACCAAAGGAGCAGCAGUCAAGUCACGGUGUCCUAUUGACUUCGUUGCGGAACCUAUUCGAGGACAAGAGUUGGAGGGUGAGAUACAUGGUGGCGGAUCGGUUCGAGAAGAUUGCGAAGGCGGUUGAUGAAGAGGUUGUCACACGCGACCUCGUGCCAGCGUUCGUGAAGCUGUUGAAGGAUACCGAGGCUGAAGUUCGCACAGCCAUUGCUGGACAGAUCCCCGGCUUCUGCAACCUGAUUGACCGUGAGACGUUACUGAAUGAGAUUAUGACAAGUAUUGAAGAUCUUGUCUCGGACCCUUCUCAACAUGUGCGUGCGGCUUUAGGAACGCAAAUCAGUGGACUUGCUCCUAUACUUGGGAAGGAAGAGACGAUUGCACACCUUCUUCCAAUGUUCUUGCAGAUGCUCAAAGACGAAUUCCCCGAUGUGCGUCUGCACAUAAUCUCAAAACUAGAGCUAGUAAACAAAGUGAUCGGCAUCGAGCUCCUCUCCCAGUCCUUACUUCCAGCCAUUGUGCAGUUGGCCGAAGACAAGCAGUGGCGAGUCCGUCUGGCUAUCAUCGAAUAUAUUCCCCUCCUCGCUAGCCAGUUGGGUGUCAAAUUCUUCGACGAGCAACUCAGUAAUCUGUGCAUGGGUUGGCUGGGAGAUACUGUCUUCUCUAUUCGAGAGGCUGCCACGCAGAACUUGAAGAAGCUCACAGAAGUAUUUGGCGUGGAAUGGGCAAGUCAGUCGAUCAUUCCGAAAGUGAUGGCCAUGGGGCAACAUCCCAACUAUCUCUACAGAAUGACUACAUGCUUUGCGAUCUCUACUCUCGCUCCCGCGGUCAGUGUCGACAUCAUUGAGUCCUCCAUCCUCCCUAUUCUGGAGAGACUGACGACCGACGAUAUUCCCAACAUUCGUUUCAACGUAGCCAAAUCCUAUGCAGUGCUGAUCGAUACGCUGCGCCGCCUGCCGGCUGAGGGAUCCCUGAUAGACCUCGAGAAGUCGGGUGAAACGAAGACGCCCUCGCCCAAGGGGCAAGAGUUGAUCCAGCAACGAAUCUUGCCCAACUUGGAGAAGCUACAGGAAGACGAUGAUGUCGAUGUGCGAUACUUUGCCACAACCGCCGCGGGCGGCCACGAAGAGGUUAUGCAGACCUCGCCGUAAGGUUGUCACAGAGCACAAUAUCUUCCAACUAGACGCCCACCGCUGCGGAUGUAGAAAGUGUAUUCUCGGUGGAUACGGGAAAGAGCGCCAUUGCUUACAGGUGCAAAUUGGAGGUGUACCUUCUUGUCAGGUUAGAGACAUAAUCAGCAUUUUGCAGGGACGAAAAAUGCUUCGUGGCGUUUCUCU